AUGAAGAUUCUCGAACCGCAAUCAGCGAUACUAACCAACGUCGAAGUGCUUGCGCAUUUCACCUUAAACCCACCCCAUCGAUCUCCGCAACCUCCGCCCAAUGCGCGCAACUUCACUCCCCGCCCAGAUCUUAGGGAUCACAAUACUGUCAUUAAAGAACUGCAUAACUACGUGACACGCCUUUCGCCACAUCUUCUCAAAUACCCUAGCUUUACUCCAAAAUCCGACUCCGAUGCUUCCCAACCUAGCUCGCUUGAUGCCGAACCUACUGACCUCGAUAUCGCCUUGCGAAACUUGAUAAAGGACUUGAAGCCCUUUGGUCUUACGAAAGGAGAGGUAUUAACCAUCAUAAACCUUGGAGUUGGCCUUGAUACAGCUGCCGUAGGCGAUGGUGAAGUGGCACAUGAUGGCUUUGCAAACGGGGACGUCACCGCUGGAGAGGCGGAUGAAGUGGAAAUGGGCGAUGCAGAUGAUGCGGAUUAUGGGGCGCUGGCGCUUUUAGACACCGUCAUCGAAGAUAGAGAGGAAAGGCUGACGAAUGAGGAUGUCACUGCAAUCCUAAGAAUUGUAAGAGAGACGUUGGGGACGAAGAAGUGA